CCAGGAGUACAUAUUUUUUUGAUUGGUAAGAACUGGCAGAUGACGCUUCAUGAAAUAUAAAUGCAAGAAAGGCUCCAGAGAGCGCAAUAAAAACCUUCCACCCGUCAGUCUCGGAGGAUAAGAAAGAUACUGUUAACAGCGGCAGGAAAUGGCCUUCGGAGUCUCAAUAUCAGUCUAUCUCUUAUUCAAAGCAAUGACAGCCUUGACUGCAGAGGUAGCCGUGUCGGGAACACCCCCAAUCACAACCCAGCAAAGUAACUGGACAGUUAACAAAACGGAAGUUGACUACACAGAAGGACCCAUAGCCUUGAAGUUCUCACAUCCUUGCCUGGAAGACCACAAUAGUUACUGCAUCAAUGGUGUUUGCGCAUUCCACCAUGAGCUGGAGAAAGCCAUCUGCACGUGUUUUACUGGUUAUACUGGAGAAAGGUGUGAGCACUUGACCUUAACUUCAUACGCUGUGGAUUCUUAUGAAAAAUACAUUGCAAUUGGGAUUGGCGUUGGAUUAUUGUUAAGUGGUUUUCUUGCUAUUUUUUACUGCUACAUAAGAAAGAGGUGUCUAAAAUUGAAAUCGCCUUACAACAUCUGUUCCAGAGGAAGACCACUGUGAGGCCUUUGUCAGAAAUGUUCACGAGGCAUUUAUAAAAAUCAGUGGGCCCCAAACUGAAAUCUUCAAAUGGAACAACAAAACUUCCCAAGCUGACUAGACUGGAAAAUAAUGGAAGUUGGGAUCAUGAGGAAAUGAGAGAAUAAAUUUCAACGUUGGUCUUUGGCCUCUGCCAUCGUUAGGGUGCCAUGGGAGACGAGUGAACAAGCUAUGGUGACAGAAGUCAAGUUCAUAGUCCUACUCUGGGUUGGUCGCUGUUGUUGUGUGGUUACUGUUCUUACUGCAGAAGGACCCAAUGUCAGAUGUGAAGUCUGUGGGAAUCAUUAUCAACCUUGCAGCAAGCCAAGGCAAGGCCAAGCUUGGGUUCUUCGUGUGCUUUGCUACCACCAGUAUUUUGGAUCACUGCUCUCUGGACCUAGUCCCAAACAUGCUGCUUUCACGGUGUCUGAGAGAAUGUGGUGUCAGCUGUCGGGUGAGGUCAGUGUUAUGGCACCUCCAGGGACGCAAGCAUGUGCCUGAAGUCUAAACCAGAGAAAAGAAAAUGGAGUGUCCAAGGCAAACACGAAUCAUGCCCAGCUUGGGACAACACUAUGUAGCCUUUAUCUGUGAAAUACGGAGUAAGCUAAAGAGUUCUCGAUGACUGAAAGCUGACUGGAAUCGGUCCUGAGUAGGUGAAACAUUUCUGUUUCUGCAUGGAUUAUAAAACUUUGUGCUGGACUCAUUGGUCCCCUCAGGCCUAUGGUCAUUACCUCUUCCUGUCAUUAGUGGAACUACCUGGGGACUAUCCAUUUUGACUGCAAUUCUAGAAUUCUACUAAUAAAAUUCAACCAUUGGCCCUGAAAUAGAAACUGAAGAAUUGGACAUAGGAAUCUUCUCACCAGCCAACAGCAUGUGGAAACUUUCUUUACCAUUUCUGAAUACUUGAUAGCAGAUUUGCACAUAGCGAGAGAAAAAUGGAGCAAUGGCAAAACUACUUAUUUGGGGAUUAGGGUCCUUCCUCUUUAAUCCUGUUUCUUCCACGUAAGUUGAAUAGACUUGUGCAGGUCCUUUAAUUUCUUUGGGCUUUGGUUUUAUUUUCUACAAGGCCCUGACAGCUUCAGAAUUAGACAGUGGGUCAAGAGAAAUUUUUCCGUAUUUGUUCUGCAAGUGGGAUUACUCUUAACCCCACCCACCCACCCCCGUACCCCCUCGAACACCCGGACACACCACUGGAUAUCAUCUCAGGUGUAUAGUUUAGUGUGUGGUUUGUAGAAUAAUAAAUUAUAAUUUUGUUUUCCAAGGAAAUGAAACAGGAAUUAAAGAAUAAU